CUAUACGAUUUUACAAAAUCGAUUGAAAUGCUUAGUGUUGAUUUGUCAAACCUCUUCCAAACCCCUUCUUCUUUUCUUUCUUUCCAUCUCUAUACUCUCCCCCUCCUUUUUCCUAAAUCAUAAUUACAAACCAUAAAAGUGGCAAUCCACUCACCAAAAAGUUCCAUUCAAACCCUAACUUCCCCUUCCCCUUUCAUCUCCAAGGCCUUUUCCUUCCUAAUCUUCCCCGUUUCCCCUCCAGAGUUAUAAAUAACUCUUCUUAAUUCUUUCCUUAAGUACAAUGGCCGAAGAGGAUCAUCAACUCUACUUCCACCACCACCGCUACACCGGCGCCGGCGACGACGCUGCUCCCGUUUUCCCCAACUACCCAUCUCCCCCCGCCGGCGGGUCCCUCGUCGACAAAGCACCACCACCAGCUUCUACUCCAUACAACAACAUGAGCCUCACCGACUGCCUCCAUGGAUCCGCCGAUCACUACCACUCCCUCGCCAAAGCCUUCGCCCUCGACGCGAACCCAUCGCCGUCGUUAUCCUCGAGCGAAGUGGAAGAUCAUCAGGCCGCGGCGGCGGCGGCGGCGGCGGUGGAGGACGAUGGAAGUAAUAAUAUUAAUUGUCCUGACAACAAGAAAGAGAAGAGUACUGGCAAGGGGAAGAAGGUGCAAGCUGGGAAAGGGGAGAAGAAGAAACGGCAGAGAGAGCCGCGGUUUGCGUUCAUGACCAAGAGCGAGGUGGAACAUCUUGAAGAUGGCUAUCGGUGGAGGAAAUAUGGCCAGAAAGCUGUCAAGAAUAGUCCUUAUCCCCGGAGCUACUACCGAUGCACGACACAGAGAUGCGGGGUGAAAAAGAGGGUGGAGAGAUCAUUCGACAAUCCAUCCGUAGUCGUCACUACCUACGAAGGUCAGCACAACCAUCACCUUCCUUCCACCCUCCGCGGCAACGUCGCCGCCGCCUCCGCCGCAAUGUUUUCCCACUACUCAAUGCUAGCGCCUUCCGUCAUUCAUAGGCCUACCACCAGCUUCCCAGCCGAGUUCCUGCUCCAACUUUCCUCCUCUCCAUCGUCGCCGUCACCGUCCGGCCACGUGGGUUCAUUGGUGUACCCGAGGCAGCAGGAGUCCUUCUUCCGACACCAACGUAAUAAUCAGCCGCAGCGGUUGCAGUUCUCCGGCGACGAAGACUAUGGAGAGCACUUCUACUAUGUUAUAUAGUAUUGGUGCUUUAAUGUACAACUUAAAGUUGUACCAUAAUAUUAAAUGUAUAAGUUUAGGUCGUACCAUAAAGCAAUUUGUAUCAUUAUGUUAUGGUACAACUUUACAACUUGAAGUUGUACCAUCACAUAAAGGUACAAGUUCAAGUUGUACCAUAAAAGAAUUUGUACAAAAAGUAUAGGUACAAUCUGAAGUUGUACCAUAACAUAAAUGUACAAUUUUAAG